AUGAUUUGCUUCUAUAGCUUCAAUGACGCAGAUGAAAUAAAUUCACAUUUCUCAAAUAUUUCGAUCAUAACCAAGACACAAAAGCAGUCGCCAAAGAAUCUGUUGCGAAGAAUAACAAUACGGUGUUUCGCACCUAUAGAUAAAAAACUACAUUUAUCAAAAUGGAAUUCGUUAUGUUUGUCGUGCUGGUCAUCACAAUCAUCUUUUACGUCAUCUCUGUCGCAUACGCUCUCGACUGCAUCCCGAACGGUGGACGUUGCCAAGCUGACGGGAGCAUGGGCAACUGUUGUUCUGGAUUUUGCUACCAGCAAGUAGGAUGGCAAUACGGAGACUGCAGAUAGACUACUUGGAUUAACUCUAAUUCCUUUGUUUUAUUAUUAGCUUUUGUAUUAUUUGGUUUAAGCUUUCAAUGUUUUUAGAAUGUUAUCAUUAUAAUAAAACGCACUGAAUAUUAAUAUACUCCUGUUUUUUUAUCAAAA